UCUCUUUCGUUUGACGACUGUUUCACUUUCCCGCAGAAAAUAGGGUGUCGAAUCUGUCCUAUAACCUCAGUUAUAUUUAUUACAAUUUAAAGAUCGAAGAUGAAUCUUUUAUGAUAAUUGUGGAUUAAUUCGUGUAAAGGUUGUCCUAAGUGAUGUUGUGUAAGAUCGUUUGUGUUCUUGCGGUCACUGUGUAGCGUUUUUAAAAAUUAAACAUGGCCUCGAACCGAGGGAUUCAGAUCGGAUCCGCGUGGUUUCAACGGAAGCUGAACUUGCGGCCGCAGCACCGAGGUGUGCACCUCGUUACCGAGGAGAUCCUGAAGCAGGUGCCCGAGCUGUCGCAGUUCGCGGUGGGGCUCUGCCAUAUCCAGAUAAUGCACACAUCGGCGAGCCUAGCGCUCAACGAGAGCUGGGAUCCUGACGUCAGAGACGACAUGGAAAUGAUGCUCAACAAAAUAGUGCCUGAGGGCCUUCCAUACCGCCACUCCUGUGAAGGACCUGAUGACAUGCCAGCCCAUGUGAAAGCCUGUUUCCUGGGUUCUUCACUGACCAUCCCCAUCACAGACGGCAAGUUAAACCUUGGCACGUGGCAAGGCGUGUGGCUAUGUGAGCAUCGGAACCACGCUGGCAGCCGAAAGGUGGUGGUGACGCUGUCGGGCUGCCCGCGUGACUCCCCGCUGUCCCCGGUGUCGGCCGCGUCGUGCUCCAGUUAGGAGCGGGGGGGGGGCGCGACCCCGCACACGCACUCGCACUCGCGCCCCUCCUCCAAGAGCACGCGGAGGUAAACCCCGCACCUUUUGUAUCCCCACACCUAACCUAGGCGAUAGUUCUUACUCUUAUCUUCGAGCGACAAUAUGUACAUAAGAUAUGAUAUUUUGUAACGCUUUGCAUGGCAGUUUGGACAGUACGAUUUUAAAUUUUAAGCUUGGAUAGUUUCGGUCUGAUGUCGCCGGUGAACCGCCGACGUGGGCCUUGCGGGGCGUAAACGCCUCCACGACGUCCGGGGACCGAGAUCCCCUUGUAAUAUAGCGUUUAUAGGAAUUGAAAAUCGAUCGUCACCGAAGUUAGCUUCUCUAUUUUGGUUCUGUAGCGAAGUGCCAUGCGAAGACCGAAACCCUAUUGAUGUUACGUUCGGUCAGGUUUAAACUGAACCCGUUGAAUUUGUACAUAAGAAUUAUGUGCGACAGUUUUAAAGUAUACAUAAAAUAGUAAAUUGUUGUUUUGUUAUUGCGAUUGUCGAUAUGUACAUAGAUCACGCGUGGUGACAUUUGCUUUGUAGGUUCGGUCGAAGGGGUUGAAGUGGCACCUACUUUUACCAUUAUUAAUCAUAAUGUUAAGAGUAAUACGAGAUAAGAAAUACUGAUUUGUAUGGAUUGACUAUUUUCACUACUGCACUCGUUCAAAUUUUUUCGGAGUUUUCCAGGUGACACCAAUAUUUUUAAACAUGACAGCACGUUAGACAUUUUACGAAGUCCGACACUCAUUUUAUUACACCAAUUUUGUAUGUAAUCGCACUGGUUAACGGUCAGUUCAUGUAAGACUUAAGAGCUGAAUGUAGGAUACGAUAUUUAAGUACUUUGUACGUCUACGAUAGCUCCCUUCUCUCUCCGUGUUAGGUUAGACUUGAUUAACAUUUAGUACGUGAAACAUGUCCAUAGCUUUAAAUGUGUCACACCCGUUGUAUCAACGGGUCCUUCUCGGGAAGACAAUGAGCUAACAUUUGGUACCACUAGUUCGUAGUUGUAUAUCAUUACUCUUAAGGUCAUGUAAGUGCCUCGGAUUUAUGGGGUGGUCAUGAAUUAUUUUGCAAACUCGUUUUCGAGACGUGGCGUCACAAGUAAGUCUAGUUGUUUGACUGGUUAUUCAGUUCAAGUACCUUGAGUGCAGGUACUGUUUGGUUGGGGUUCUGGCCGGGAGGCGCGGGCUGUCUCGCGCUGGUGGGGAGCAUCGCCGCGAGCGGUCCACGUCCGGCCUCAUUUGCUAAUAUUUAGUCUAAAGAGCUGUAUUUUUAUUACAUGGACUAAUAAUAUAAAUGCAAUAAUCUUGUUAGUUUUCAUUCGUUUACAUUCAAUUUUAAUUUCGUGAUGUCUGUUAAAAGCGUAUGUGUAUAGUUGUAUGUCUUCCUAUGUAAGUUCCAUCACGUAAGAUCAACUAGUGUAACUGUCAGAGUAAUGUAUCUGGUACUCGUGAUCGGUAUUAGGGUAAUAAACAUCACCUUUAUAUCCGGCCACAACUGUAUUUCUUAGAUAAUGUAUUGAAACUAUGAUAGGGGACUCCAAUUUUGAAUCCAAAAUAUGAGUGUAGCCAUAACUGUAAUGUCAGGAGGAGUAAGCAUUAGCGGGUGUCAUUUUAUAUGAAUGAAUCGAGUCGUAGUGAAAAUUAUUUACUUGUUGAGGACCUUAGUUUUAAAGGGGGGAUGUAAGUAUUUUCCAUUGUGAACAUUCCAUGGCUCGCUCGUUGGGUAGGGGCCGCUGCGCCGGGUCGGGUUGCGGCGCCGGCGCGCUCGGAGACGGUUUUGUUGCGUUUGGCUUUAAAUGUCCCAUUAAGAUUGCUUGUGUGGCACAAUUUUACACUUGAGACUUAGUUAGGAGUUAAUAAAUUAUAAAUAGUAGGGUACAGUAUGGAGAUAAGGCAAAAUUUUAGCGAUGUUGACGGUGGGAGAGCAGGGCGCCGCCUGCAGCUGCGAGGCACACAUACACGCACAAUCCGCUGCGGCCGCGUCAGCAUCGCGCGCACGUUGUGACGAUGCCGCAUUGUACAAACAGUAGAUGUCACAGACAUGAACAGUUUUGUCUCAUGGACAACUUAGACUUACAUCACUUAGGGAGCUUGUUGUACUUUCAUACUCGGGCUUUUGAUAGAUUCACCUUACCUUUCGGUUUCAUCACGUAUACAUAAUAAUUGAGUAUCUAAAAGCGAUAUUACGCUUUAUGCUUUGGAUGAAUUGUUUCGUUAAAUUUCGUGUUUCCCAAGGAUCUUCUUUAUAUUAUUUUUGUCUUUGUAAAGUGUUUAAUCUUACAUCGUAAUGUGAUAUCUGAUCCCUAUGAGAGGAGUUGUUGGGAACUACUUCUUUAUACCUGCAUGCAGGCUAUACACUGUACUUAUGUCUUUUAUAUUUUUGUCGUUUUUGUUUAACUUUGAGCUUAUUUUUAAUUACUAUUCUCUUUUGGAUACACUUUGGGGUGCGGGCUUAGGGAAAGCUAUUAAGUGCUUUUUAACACAAUUAAUUAAGGAUUUGUAAAUAUUUUUUGCAUUAAUAUAGUGUACAUGUAAAAUUAUCCAUGUACAUACAGUGAUUCAUAAUAUUAUGUAAAAAUAAAAAUUGUUCAAGUGCUAUUUGUGUAUGGGUGUUAGGUAUGCCACUGCCAUGAAGAUUUGCCUCUAUAAUAUUUGAAAUUAUUUUUUACAUUGACAAUGUAGUGGUUCCUUUGAUCAAAUCUGCUUAUAAAGUACCUACACGGUUAUCAAAAAUAGACACAAAAUUUCCUAAAUAGAUAAGUUGUAAGAGAUAUAGCGACUGGUUCGCAGACAUUCGCAUUCCUUUAGUUGUUAAGUGUUUUUUGGGACAUUGUUGAUUUUGUUUUUCCAUUACGUUGUACUUAGCUUGUAGACUGUCCCGUUUAGGCUGUUCAUAACAACGAAUGUGUCAAGUGUUAUACCUUUAAGUGGAUUCCAAAGUUUCAUUAUUUUUUAAAUGGUUAUCCAUCCCAGUCAUGGAAUGAUAGUUACGUUCCAAUAUGUUGUACAAUCAUAUUGUCUAAAUUGUCCCAAAAUAUCUCCAUAUAUUUUGUAUGUCUAAAACACAAAUAGCCCAUUAUAAGCUAUUUAUUUGUUCUCCUAUAAAUUAUCGAGUGUAUUCACUAUUCAAAUAUAUUUCGUAAACGUAACAAAUUCACUAUAAUGGCACGAAUUUUAAUAAAUUAUUUGUAUUUAACAGUUGGUAUAAUUUGUUAAGUAAUUAAUAUUUAAAUUGCACAUACAAAAUGAGGUUGUAAUCAGGAUAAAUAAAAUAACCAAGAAGGGAGACAAAUAAUUUGUGUGUAUAUUGUUUAAGAUCAAUAAUUAUUAUAUCAAUAUAUGAUUGUACAGUUCAUAAAGUCACAAGUUCUUAGAUCCUCGUCAAUGUUGGUUUACUGACGACGCGACGUGUGAUGAGGCACGGUGACGUCGGGUACUGUCACGGUCAAAUUUAAUUGUAUCAUAUAACUUGUACAAUAUAAAUAUAUAGAUCCACAAUUAUGAAAGAGAUUAAAUAUUUGCAAAAGUUAA